AUUGCUUUCUGACCAAGACGAAGAAAUAUCAACGAGCCAUGGUUGACAUCUCACGUGAUCGCGCGUUUGGCGUUUCGGCGCAACCCGAAUGUCUUCACAACCCCGUGUCAAACAAUGCCACCCACAACAUUACGAUAAAGAAGCACACAUUACGCCCGCGAGCAUUCCUUUUAGCAUGCCCCCGUGGCUUCGCUCGACCCCGGUGUUUCGCGCUAUCCAGAUCGAUGAAGCUAGACACGUGCUUUGACCACGACGCGUCGCGUCAACCACACCUCUCCCACCACAGCUCAACGCUCUCCAUCCACCAACAUGGCCACACAACCCCACAAACGUCAGCGAGCAGACAAUGGCUUCAUCGCAGUGCAGCAUCCCCACCCUGGCUAUGCUCCAACCUUCGCAACCACCGCCGCGGCAUCAGCGCAGCAACACGCCGUCGACCCAAACGACCUCUGGCAAACCAUCACCGCCCUCGACCCCACCGUCCUCCACGAAACCCUCUUCCACGCCACCCUCGGCCAUAUAACACUCCCAGCUCGUUUUCAGCAUGCUCUCCCAGCACCACGCGCGCGUUCGCGACGAGCGCGAAGCCGCCACCGCAGCCCGCGCAGCCGAAGAAGCGCGCAUCAAGCGCGAGAAGAAGCGCGUUGUCGGUUUCGACCAGCACUUGCGCUAGAUCGAGGAGUGGCUGGUCCAUGAGCCCCAGCAACGCAUGUCCUCCUACAUCUGGCCCUUGUAUGAGUUCAAGAUCUGUCCGCGGAUCGCGAAGAUCCGAGAGAAGGCGACGAGUGCGCAUACGAAUUUUGCGACGCGGGCGAAUGCGCUGGACACGUUGGGGAAGAUUGCGGAGGCCGUUUGCGUACAUGAGGGCACGAGGUGGGGUGUAACAUCGCGUCUCUGGUCGAGCAGGACGA